AUGCGGACUCUCCGCAGGUUGAAGUUCAUGAGUUCGCCCAGCCUCAGUGACCUGGGCAAGAGGGAGCCGGCCGCCGCCGCCGCGGACGAGCGGGGCACCCAGCAGCGCCGGGCCUGCGCCAACGCCACCUGGAACAGCAUCCACAACGGGGUGAUCGCCGUCUUCCAGCGCAAGGGGCUGCCCGACCAGGAGCUCUUCAUCCUCAACGAGGGCGUCAGGCAGCUGCUGAAGACAGAGCUGGGGUCCUUCUUCACCGAGUACCUGCAGAACCAGCUGCUGACGAAGGGCAUGGUCAUCCUGCGGGACAAGAUCCGCUUCUACGAGGGACAGAAGCUGCUGGACUCGCUGGCCGAGACGUGGGACUUUUUCUUCAGCGACGUGCUGCCCACGCUGCAGGCCAUCUUCUACCCCGUGCAGGGCAAGGAGCCGUCGGUGCGCCAGCUGGCCCUGCUGCACUUCCGCGACGCCAUCACGCUCAGCGUGAAGCUGGAGGACGCGCUGGCCCGCGCCCACGCCCGCGUGCCCCCCGCCAUCGUGCAGAUGCUGCUGGUGCUACAGGGCGUGCACGAGGCCCGCGGUGUGACCAAGGACUACCUGCGCCUGGAGACGCUGGUGCAGAAGGUGGUGUCGCCCUACCUGGGCACCUACGGCCUCUGCUCCGGCGAGGGCUCCUUUGCACACUCCUGCGUCCUCGAGAAGCACCUGCUGCGCCGGUCCCGCUCGGGGGACGUCCUGGCCAAGACCCCGGUGGUGCGCUCCAAGAGCUACAACACGCCGCUGCUGAACCCCGUGGCCGAGCACGAGGCGGAGGGCGCGGCGGGCGGGGGCGCGGGCGUGCGCAGGCACUCCGUCUCCGAGAUGCCCUCCUGCCCCGACGCGCCCGGCCCCGGCCCCGGCCCCGCGGACGACCGCGCGCCCUCCCCGGGCAGCCAGUCGGGGCCCUGCCCCAGCAGACUGCAGCCCCCGCCGCGGCCCCCCGGGCCCGGGCCCGCCGGCGGCUCCCCGGCCCCCAGCCCCGAGCAGAUGGUGGACCGCAUCCUGGAGUCCGCGGACUCGGACAGCGAGGGCAUCUUCAUCGACUUCGGCCGGCGGGGCAGGGCGGGCGCCUCCGCGUUCGAGGGGGACCGGGGCCGGCAGAGCUUCGUGUGA